UGAUGGCUGAUGCAAUGAAUAGAGAAAUCCAAUGGCCACUUACUAAGAUGAAACGCAUCAGUCAGAAUGCAGAGGUGCCUUCAGUGAGAAACUCGCCUGGGAAUGGAAGUUCAAACUCUGGUUCCAGCAAUGGGAAAAACAAGAAGUGCUUCCUCUUGGAUUGCAAAAAUCCUGGAAAAACUGUUGCAGAGGGCCGAGUGUGUUCAACUGAUCCUGCAGACAAAGUCCAUAACAGACCCUUAGGACCAAAUGCUACGAAGGUCUGGGUUGUUGUUUCAUUGAUUGAUAAUGCUAAAGUGUGGAGGCCUUCCUCAGAAGUGCAAAUCAUAGCAGAUGCACAAGGCACAACCGUUGCUUGGCCUAAUGACAAGAUAGUCUAUCUCUGAACAAUUUGUGUUUUGUCCUUUAUGUCGAACAAUUUGUUGUUUCAAGUGUCGAACAAUUUGUUGUUUUAAGUGUCCAACAAUUUGUUGUUUCAACUGUCAAACACUUUGUGUUUUCUUUUAUUACAUGCACUUGACUUUGUUUUCUCAUGUUACUAAUUAUAUGUUAUCUCUUGGCAAA